ACGCUUCAUGUCCGGAACUCGGGAUUCCUUUCCUGUGGCUGACGAUCUUGUGGACUGCAUAAUGAGGGCGCUCCCGGAUCUUUCAUCGCUGUCUUCUGUUAUCCUAGUAUCCAAACAUAUAUAUGAAGUUUUCAAGUGCCAUCCAAGCUCAAUUGUGAGCGCGGUUGCCUACAAUCACAUCGGACCUGCUUUGCCUCAAGCACUAAGAGCGGCCCGCCACGACAAGGACCGCGACACGCGUGAUCCUAGUAACUGGGUGCCGGAAUCUGAAGUCCUGAACACACCAAUUACUCGGUCAGAAGCUCAAACACUCAAUCAAGAUGCCCGUGUGGUCAGUGAGCUCGAAGAUCUGUUUAGCUGGAGUCAUAAAGACCCAACCUCUCCCAAGAGCGUCCUCAGCGAAAAUGAAUCCAUGCGAUUCUGUCGCGCAAUGUACCGAUUCUUACUCUACGCAGACACAUUUCGGUGCGACGAAGAGGAGGACGAGGAUGAGGACGAGGACGGAGACCUCGUCCUCUUAAACUAUACCGAAGAGAAAGAGCGUUUCUUCGACUCACUCGGCGACGACACACAGUUCCUCGAAUUCGCCGUGAUCUACCGCUUCUUGUGCGAGACCGUGCAGUGGACGGCCAGAGCAAUCGGAGAGUUCUACCCUGAAUGGACCGGGGACAAUCCCGAAGUGGACAUGCUGGGCUUCGUCGUGUCCACCGGGCCUGAGGUGGUUCUUCAAAUGUUCAAAUGUCAAUCCGGCGCACCCUUCAUACCGGUUCCAGAGAACGAGGAAAAUCUGGAAGAAUUUUGCUUCAUAGCGCGGGACCUCGCGAAGGCUUUCGAACGUCGGCGACUUGGCAAACCUGACUGGAACUUGCAUGAAAUGAAGAAGGUUAUUCUAGACGACUACUACAAGUACGAGGAUCAUCCAUGCGACAAUUGCAAGCAGGCAUCGCAAAGGCUGUGGAGUUCAGCAAAUUGGCCUCUCCUGAAGGGCAUUUUAUCGCCCGGAGAGCUAGGAGCGGCUAUGAAAGGCCAUCUCCCGCGGAACUUCACAGAGAGGCAGCCACUAACGCAGUAUCUCGAGCGUCCGGCAUUCUGCUACCCAGACCUCUUUAAAUGGAUGAUCGAGCACAACACCGAGCUCGACGGCGGGCAACCGCUGACGCCCGACAACUGGCUGUGCGAGGGCUGCCUCCGGUUGCUCGUACGGUCCAAGAUGCAUGAGUGGUGGCUGGAGCGCAAGCGCGCAGAGGGUAUCGCUGUUCCGGCUGAGAACUGCUGGUACGGCUACAACUGCAGAACCCAGGCGCACCGCCCUCAACAUGCGAGCAAGUUGAAUCAUCUGUGUGAACCGAUCCGAGGUGAUCCUGCUUGAGCUCCAACCUACUGGCGAUGCCCGUGCAGAAUGCACCAUCUGCGCAACCUCCACCGGUCACUAGUUCCAAUUGCUGACCUAGGUGAAUCUCCUCGCACGCUGGUGUGUAGGCUGCGCUCGGUAUCUAAACCUUGUUUGGUCAUGUCAAGUACAAUACCCCAGUUUUUAUCUGAUUGCUUCCAGGACAUCUACAUCAUGUAUUUCUAGUUCCAUGUUUGAUCAUCUCUGCGAACUCUGUCAUUCCAC